AGUGUCGUAUCCAAGACAAGCCCGCUGAGUGAACACAUUGCAAAGCUCGGUGCCAAUGCUGCUUUAAGCAACCUUCAUUUUUUAACAUAUAAAAGUGUAUUUAUUCAAAGGAUAUUUUGUUUGCAGGUUUAGCAUUGGCUGGACAGGCUGAAAACCUCUGGAUUUCUUCACGUCAGGAAACAAUAGUCUUUCUGUCACUUCACGUUACAGCAAUUGAUCUGCAACAGCAUUUCUUCCAAUCUCUCACUCACACAAACACACACACACAAACACACACACACUCACGCUCUCUCUCUCUCUCUCUCUCUCUCUCUCUCUCUCUCUCUCUCUCUCUCUCUCUCUCUCUCUCUCUCUCUCUCUCAUCAAGAAGCAAAGAAUACCAACUGGACAGAUAAGCGGUCGUAUACUUCCCAGUCUGCACGAUGAAACUGCUACUAGCCUUUCUGGUAGUGUUUCUUGUUUUAGCGGAACUCUUCUGCGAAGAAGCGGGUACCGGCGAAGAUCUAAAUUAUUGGACAGACAGCAACCAAAUACAGGAUGAAUGGCUGGCACCGGAUUCAUUUAAAGAAAUCUUAAGACGAAUCACAAGAAAACCAAAACCACAUCAGUUCUUCGGUUUGAUGGGGAAACGAUCUUCUGCGAACAGACAGAUCACCGGUAAAAGGCAAAAAUUGAACUCCUUCGUUGGACUGAUGGGCAAAAGAUCUGAAGAGCCUGAUUAUUUUGAAUGGAGCACAAUACAAAACUAUGAAGAAAGACGUUAGUGGAGCCCUAAAAAAAAGAAUAAAUAAGAAAAAAAUGGCAAUUUUACUGAAUGUCAUUCCUUGAAAUUGCCAGAGGAGGGUGAUAUAUACUUUCAUUUUAUCAAAGUUUUUUUUUUUUUUUUUUAAAUGAUUGUUCAUUAAAGUUGUACCUUUUAAUAAAGCUAUUAUUUUCAUAUUGUGGCAGUGCUACAUGUUGAAUACCAGUUUUACAAUUCAGCUGACCCAAUGGAGGGAAAUAUGGAUUUCAACAACAAUAUAUGUCAUUUAAUUGUUUGUAUUCAAAUGAACCAUAUCCAGUAUUUGCUGACUAAAACUAAAAUGAAACCUUUUUGGUUAUUCAUUAUCAGUCAUGCCUUUUUCCUAGGAGUUAUGAACAGCAAAAUUGUCGGACAUCGUGCCUCACUCUAUUUCCAUAACUUGUAAUGUGGUUUGUGCAUUCAAAUAUAUUUGUACUAUUACAGCAUGUCUGUGACUGUAUAUCGUUUUUAUUUCUAAACCAAGGUGUUCAUAGUAUAGAAAUAUAAGUUGUAAUGUACAUUCUGUGAUAGUGGCAGAAUAAAUGUAAAAAUAUUUUUAAAUUAAUGACAGUACUUUCCUUAAAUAUCUAAAUGUUUAUAGAAUUAUUUACAUCCACAAAGCAUUUUUUUAAAAUGUAAUGUUAAUUUAUCACUACACAGGAACCGAUUGUUUUUACAGUUUAAUUUUGUUGAAUUUUUUUUUAAAAGUGAAAAUCCAGUUUUGACUUUACUUUUGCAAAGAAAUACUCAAAUAUGUGUGUAUAUCUAUAUAAUAUUUAUUUAAAAAAUCGAUUACAAUAAAGAUAAACACCAACAACUUCAAUUUAAAGUAUAUGAUCUAAUCUUGGCCAUGAAACAAGAAAUACAAGAAGUUAGGUAGUCAGAUAUUAAAUUCUGUUAGCUCAUAUGCAAAAUAUAUCAGAAUUAUGAAUGAUACAAAACUAUUGCUGUUAAUACUAAAUAUCUAGUAGGAAACAUUCUUAAAAAUAAACCAAUUGUUAGAUUACAUAUUAAUAUGUACUGUAGGCCACGGUAUUUGCUGUAUUUGAUGAAUUUGCAUAAUAUUAAUUUGGUACGUAAAAUAAAAUUAAUUACUUUUUUUUAAUGGUAGCGUAAAAGACAAAAGUACCCGGGAUCUGUACUCAUGAGGAUAAGCUCCUGGUUAAUUAUCAUUACCUACACUGGGACUAAAGCUUUCUGCAAGGAAUGCGACCCCUUUUCUGCAGUCCCAGUUAUAAUUUGUAUUAUAUUAUUAAUCCAUUAUUCACACCCAUACACUGAUUAAAGCAAUAUGAUAUUAUUGUUUCAUAUUCACAAUAUUGUGACUAUGAAGCAAUAUUUAUUUACAGUGAAUAAACACAUGAUUUAUGUUGUGAUAGAACAAAAGAAAAAAAGGACAAACAUAAAAUCCAUGCCAAAAUGUGAUUGAAUUACAAAACCAAUGAUUAUUGUGAAUUCAGUCCAUGACAUAACUGUCUCCAUCAUUGACAACCAGCGCCAUCUAUUGACCAUAAAACAACUGUUCAACGGUAUGUACAUGUACAGUACAAUACAGUAGAUUUGUCAAGAACCAGCUGGGACCAGACCUUGUUAGGAUUAAUUAUUUCUGCAUACUGAUCAUAAUCUGUGCCAUACUAAAAUACCUCUUAGCUAUACAUACUGUUUUAUGGUAUGUACAGUACAGUACAGUAGACUUACUCGUCUUAACCAUUUGGGACCAGUCCCUAUAUGACUACUGUAAAUAGUUCUGCGUACUGGUCAUAAUCUGUACCACACUAAAAAUGCCUCAUAGCUAUUUCUUAUUUAAGGAUCUAAACUUAUUUGUAUGUGAUUACCUUCACUGUGCUGCAAUAAAUUAAAUGCAGGUCUCUGCAGGAAUAUUUUAAUUCACCUGUGUGAAAAUUCAGAUUGUACAGUCGCUAUCAAUUUAGACUGUAGAUCGGUUCAGACUACUGGAUCUGGAUAAGCCAAAGUCUACUGUACUGCAAACCACGUGAACUGGGUAAAAUAAUGCACCUGUAGUUUAAUCAAUACAAUACGUGUAUUCCACAGCAGUAAAGAUAAUAAAAGCAGAUCCAAUUGGUUCUUUUUAAAAGGCCAUUGAAGAUCUCUUUAGAUUAAGUUUGUAAAUGAAAUACUAUGUCACAUAGUAAUUAAAAUGAUUGUAUUUCCCCUGGUUAUGACAAUGGAUAUAAACAAUGAAUCAGAUUGGCUGGCACAAUGAUUGACAAUACACCCAUUAAUCAUGAAACAAUAAAAAGUAUUAAAACUGGCAUCACUUCACUUACCUUAGUUAGCUGCUGAAAUAAGACUGAACAGUGUAAAAGGCCUGCCAAUUGUCCUACUCAUGUUGUAUAUGUCCUGCUAUGCUUCAGGAUCAACUACUGACAACCUACAACCCCUAAAAUGUAUAAUGACUGUGCUAGAAAAGAACAGUGGAUUUACCGGCCU